CAAACUGUUAUCUGCAAUACAUUAUCAUCACCGGGGGGUAAAAUCCGGCGGAUUGGGUGACCUCCUUAUAGAUAAUGAAGAAAUAACGACAUAGAAACACCAUCCCUUAUUCCGUACAGCAACAUGGCGGCUUACUGCUGGCUGGGAACGCUUCCGUAUUUGCAUGCAUUCCCCCAGGGCUGCUCGCAGUUGGCUGCCCCCGGCUUCCGUAGAGGCAGUGAUUGGGAUUGGUUUUGUUGCUGUUCGUUAUAAGUGGGUGAAGUAGAAGGAAUGAUGGACGCAGCAACCCUCACCUAUGACACGCUGCGUUUUGCUGACACCCCAGAUUUUCCAGAAACAGCAGAACCUGUUUGGGUACUGGGUCGGAAAUACAGUGCAUUGACAGAAAAGGACGAGCUGUUGAAGGAUGUCACGUCCAGGCUCUGGUUCACUUACAGAAGAAAUUUCUCAGCAAUUGGAGGCACAGGACCAACCUCGGACACAGGUUGGGGUUGCAUGCUACGCUGUGGACAGAUGAUUUUUGCGCAAGCUCUUCUUUGUCGGCAUAUAGGACGAGAUUGGAGGUGGGAUAAACAAAAGCCCCAUGGAGAAUACCUCAACAUCCUAACUGCUUUUCUCGACAAGAAAGACAGCUACUAUUCAAUUCAUCAGAUCGCCCAGAUGGGAGUUGGAGAAGGCAAAUACAUUGGACAGUGGUACGGGCCAAACACAGUGGCACAAGUACUCAGGAAGCUAGCUGCUUUUGACCAGUGGAGUUUCUUGGCCGUCCACAUAGCAAUGGAUAACACAGUGGUAAUUGAAGAGAUAAGGAGGUUGUGCAAAGCCAGAUGUGCGGAUAGUUGUGGGGCUGGCCUGCUGUGUAAUGGUCAUUCAGAGACAACAGAUGUUUUGUGGAAACCUCUUGUACUACUUAUACCACUACGCUUGGGACUAAGUGAGAUCAAUGAAGCAUAUAUUGCAACAUUAAAGCACUGCUUCAUGGUACCCCAAUCGUUAGGAGUUAUUGGUGGACGGCCCAAUAGUGCUCAUUAUUUCAUAGGAUAUGUAGGGGAGGAAUUGAUCUAUUUGGACCCCCAUACUACCCAGCCUGCAGUAGAUCCUAGUGAUUCCAGUUUUGUAGCAGAUGAAAGCUUCCAUUGCCAGCACCCGCCUUGCCGAAUGCAUGUGUCUGAGAUUGAUCCCUCAAUUGCUGUGGGCUUUUUCUGCAAGACUGAAGAAGAUUUUGAAGACUGGUGUAAGAAUAUUAAAAAGCUUUCGUUGACUGAAGGGGCAUUACCGAUGUUUGAGGUGGUGGAGCAGUUACCUUUACAUUUAUCCAAUCCAGAUGUACUAAACCUAACGCCAGAUUCAUCAGAUGCUGACCGACUUGACAGAUUUUUUGACUCUGAAGAUGAGGAAUUUGAAAUUUUAUCAUUUUGAACUCGCUGAACUAAAGUAACUGACCACAGAAAAAGCAAAAUACUUAAUACUCCACAAUAAAGGCUUGUGGUGUAAACGCUCUUGAACAUUUGCUGGAUAUUGUACCCUCCCCAAGGCAGUUCUUGGGGCAGCUGAAGGAUUCACACCCUAAGGUCUCACCUAUGUUUUCCUGCAGGGGAUACUGCAACUGGACCCAGCUGGAGUUUUAUCUUUUUUUUUUUUUUCACGCUUAGGUUUUGUUACAUUCCAUGCACAGAGAAAGAAGGCCACUAAAUAAAUAAUGCUAAGGUGGAGAGAAAACCUGCAUGGACCGAUGCUGAGAAACUGACUCGUGAGUUACAUGGAGAGGUGCAUAUGGCACCAACCUAGUGCAGUCUUUCAGAAAGAUGUGGUGAAAAACCUUUAAAACCUAUUUCCCCCCCGCCUGGCAGAGUGACACGGUUGGAUCUUCUAAAUAAUCUUUCUAGAAAGGAGUGUUGAGAAUAACUAGUAUUUGUGUCACAGAGACAGUGGGCUGACACUGAUAACUUUGGGGCUGCAAUACAGGCCUGCUAGACAGUAACCAUUUCCAGGGAUAUGAGAGUUUGUGUUAUGUAGAAAUGAUUCUCAAACCAAGCAUUAUUUAUGUUUAACAUUAUCCCUCCUAAAAUGGUCAAUUUCCUAA